AUGGUACCAAGUGUUCCAAGGGCUGAACCCCGCGUUCUAGACAGAAGUUUGUAUGCGUUGCUGUUAAACGCCACUGAAGUUAUUGGCGACGCUGCCGAAAAUAUGUACACAGAUCACUACCAGUGGCAGAGAGAAAUGUUUGGCCAUAGUUUUAGUGUAUCUCGAGUCCCGUGUUCUACGGAUAAUGGAAGCGGCACCAUGGUGGCUCUCGUCAGAAACUGGCUGAGGGCCCAUGAAGAGGCGCAGGUAAUGGUAGCCAGUAUUCUGGUGGUGAUAGGUCUGUGGUGGCUGGUCCGAGCUGUUCUGACGUUGAUGAUCAACCUGGUCUGUCCCUUGUUGGUCGUCGUACUAGCGGUGGUUUGCGUGCCUCAGCUCCGAGCACCACUUUUAGGUCAGAACUAUCCAUUAUUAGCAAAUCUACUAAGAAGCAUUCUCUUGAAAAUGGCAGAAAACAUAAAAACCUGAA